AUGGAGGACUACCCGCUCUUCAACGGAGACGCGGGCACUCUUCUCUCAAGGUUUGUCAAAUAUGUACAAAUUGGAAAUACCCCUUUAUCGUUGGACCUCCUAGAUUUAGUAUCGGACAUCAACACGGACGUGUUAACACGAGAUCCAGAACUGAAAUCACAACUACCAGCCGCCGGUCAACUUGAGCGUCUUCACCUAGAGAGACAUGAAGAUCAUCGAGAGCCGACCCGCCGCUGGACAGUGGGUCCCGUGAGCACACUGCUUCCCUGCGAGAAUCCACUUCUUGUUACAGGUAUUCAAAACGAUGAUGCUGCCUCCGCCGGCUGUCGUUCUCCUGAUGGUCAGUCGUUUGCCCUGUUGCUACUUUCUGCUCAAUUCUGGUGGACAUCAUCGGCGCGGGUUUCCAUGUCGACUACACCAAAGGGGACGUCCAUUGCUCCGACGGACAGACGCUUGGUUCCUGGUAGAAAGAACAGUGGAGGCAAAGACACUGAUGCUGCCACAAAUUUGUAA